CUCUUCUCAAACUGACUUUCUUUUCCCCAGACAAUCACCCACUGGAUUCCACUCUAGGCCCUCGCUUAGGCGGAUGGACAGCUCUCCCCGCAGUGGGCUUGACUCGACUGGUCUCAACACUGACCUUCACGUGCAUCUCUUGGGGACAUCAACAUCAACAUCAACAUCAACAGCUUCAUUUCUCGAAGCAGUUAUGAUCCUCGGCCCCUGUUCACCAUGCCGGCCAUCAACCGGACCUCAGCUCUCGCCAGACUCCCUAGACGCCGCCUUCUUCAAUCCAGACUUAGACUUAGACUUAGACCACCACCUCGCCACCCACUUUCAACCACCACUCUUCGAGCCAGAGACUCGCAAUACUAUCGAGCAGGCUUUGAGUCUCAGAAUGCUGGCUUCACAGGCAGUUAUGAACCGGGUCGGCCUACGGAAGGGCCCUUAGCAAAAGCUUCAAACCAUGGAGCUCCAAGGCUGACUCCCACGCUAUUGAAGGAGCAUCUGGAUAAAUAUGUAGUAGGACAAGACAAAGCGAAGAAGGUGACUAGUGUGGCUAUUUUCAACCAUUAUCAGCGUAUUAGGGAGAUACGGAGACUGGAAGAAGAGCAGCAUGCAAAGGCUGAGCAGGAAGCAAGAUGGGAGUUGAGGGAGAAGGAGAGGAACUCCCAUCCAGUUGAGAAUGAGUAUCCAGGUCACAUCGAAACUAUCGACCUAAACAAUAACUCCUCACCCUAUCGCUCAGCUGCUCCGCCUCCGGACCCAGAACUUGGCCAUCUUCCCCUUCCAGAAGACACUCGCACCGUAAUCGAGAAAUCUAAUGUCCUCCUCCUCGGACCUUCCGGUGUAGGAAAGACCUAUAUACUGAGCACUCUCGCCCGUGUCCUUGAAGUACCCUUUGCAACUGUCGACUGCUCCGCUCUAACGCAAGCGGGUUAUAUUGGAACAGACAUCGAAUCUAGCAUCGAGCGGCUCCUCCUCGCUUCUCAGCAUUCUAUCCAGAAAUGCGAAACAGGCAUCAUCUUCUUCGAUGAAGUAGAUAAGCUCGCAAAACCAGCCAUCAUGACGCACGGGCGUGACGUCUCCGGUGAAGGUGUGCAGCAAGGUUUGCUCAAGAUGAUAGAAGGCACAACAGUAACAGUAAACGCAAAAAGCGAUCGCAGCAGUAAGACCGAAGGAGGACGAGAAGGCGGACGUCUAGACCGAGGAGGACGAGAUACAGUCCAAGGUCAAAUGGGCAAAAGUGAGCAAUAUACCAUCGACACAACCAACAUCCUCUUCGUCUUCGCCGGCGCAUUCGUCGGUCUCGAGAAGAUCAUCUCCUCCCGCCUCUCAUCCGGUUCAUCUCUCGGCUUCGGCGCCCAGCUAAAGACACCUCCCUCCCACUCAUCAUCAUCCAAAUCCUCCCUCUCCUCAAAACACACCCCCUCACAACCCAACAUCCUCGACUCCGUCACCCCCUCGGACCUCCAAACCUACGGCCUCAUCCCCGAACUCCUCGGCCGAAUCCCCAUAACCGUGGCGCUCACACCACUAAAUCUCCACCAACUAAUCACCAUCCUAACCUCACCACGGAACUCCCUCGUCAAGCAAUUCACAGCCCUCUUCAACACCUACGGCAUCCAACUGAAAUUCACAUCCGGCGCCUUACACGCCAUUGCUGAGCGUGUUCUUUCUCCAUCCUCCUCAUCCUCACACCCAACUUCAUCCUCAGCUUCUUCAACAAGCACAUCAACAACAGCAGCAAGUGGUAAUGGCACCAGCAACGCAAUCGGCGCCCGCGGCCUCCGCUCCAUCCUCGAAUCCCUCCUCUCCGAAAUAAUGUUCCACGGCCCUGGCUCCGCCAUCCGCUUCUGCCUCGUCGACGAAUCAUUCGUGCGUUCGCAUUUCUCUCCUUCCUCUACUUCCUCCCUCUCCUCUUCUUCCUCCUUCUCGUCAUCCUCCUUCUCGUCAUCCUCCAAAAACUCCUCAUCAUCAGGGGAUGUCCCAACCAGCGAAGCCAAAAUGCCUCGCUGCUGGAGCAGAGGCCAGAGUCGGGCGUUCGAAGAGGCGUGGGAGAGGGAGGAGGAGGCGUGGAAGGAUAGGGAGGCGAGGGAGAAGGAUGGGGGUGAGAAGAGGGGAGGAGGAGAUGGGGUUGAGCAGGGGAGGGGGUUUGAGAGGUUUAGGAGGGUGGGGAGUAGUGGGAUGUAGGAGGGGUGAUGUGUGAUGUGUGAUGUGUGAUGGAGCAGAGGGUGGAAUGAUCUGAUGAGGAUGAGGAUAUGAAUGACUGAUUGACUGAUGAAUUGGGGGUGCUAGAGAAUGAAGCGAGGGAGGGAAGGAGGGAGGGAACUGUACAUAUGGAAAAUGGAGGGAAGGAUAUGCAUUGAAUGUUAUGAAGGGAAAUGUAAUGAAAUAUGAAAUAUAAUCGAAGCAUUUCGACCUGCAAAAUCACGGUUCAGGGAGCAUUGAUA